AUGUAUGAAAAUGAAUGUCAUUAUUGUAUUGAUCUUCUGUUUUCUUCCUGUGACACACGCCAAUCCGGAAGCGAAAAGAUUAAUAAUAGUGAGAAAUUAACAGUCUAUCUGGGACUGCGGUUAACGCAAUUACUUGAUGUGGAUGAGAAAAAUCAAAUUAUGACUUCGAAUGUUUGGUUAAAACAGGAAUGGUAUGAUGAUAAACUUCGAUGGGAUCCGCGUGAGUAUGGAGGGGUCGAUGUUCUCUAUAUUCCAAGUCAACAAAUUUGGUUACCCGAUAUCGUUUUAUACAAUAAUGCGGAUGGAAACUACGAAGUAACAUUGAUGACAAAGGCAACAGUUUACUAUGAUGGUCGUGUUAUUUGGGAGCCACCAGCAAUAUACAAAUCAAGUUGUACAAUAAACGUUGAAUUCUUUCCUUUUGAUAUUCAACAUUGUCAAAUGAAAUUUGGCUCAUGGACAUAUUCAGGUGAACAAGUUGAUCUUGUGCAUAUCAAUCAAACAAAUGGAUCCAUGCCUGUUUAUGGAGACAAUAGUGUAGCAUAUGCGAUUGAUCUAACGGACUUCUAUCGUUCUGUGGAAUGGGACAUUAUGCAAGUUCCAGCACAACGAAACAUACGUAAAUAUACCUGUUGCCCUCAAACAUAUCCAGAUAUAACAUUUUCAAUAACCAUUCGUCGAAAGACUUUGUUCUACACGGUGAAUUUGAUAAUACCGUGUGUUGGAAUUUCGUUCUUAACCGUUCUCACCUUCUAUUUACCGUCUGAUUCGGGCGAAAAGGUGGCAUUAUGUAUAUCCAUAUUACUAUCUUUAACUGUCUUCUUUUUGCUGUUAGCUGAAUUAAUUCCUCCAACAUCGCUUGUUGUGCCAUUAGUUGGCAAAUAUCUUUUAUUUACGAUGAUAUUAGUAACAUUAUCGAUUGUUGUCACUGUUGUUGUACUUAACAUCCAUUUCCGUUCGCCAUUAACUCAUCGAAUGCCACCAUGGGUACGACGAGUCUUCCUACAAGUUUUACCAAAACUGUUAUGGAUGCGUCGGCCAAAGACACUGCAUCCAGCGUCGUGUCAUCCCAAUUCCAAUUCAAUAAAGAAAGACACGAUUUCGAACCUUUCAAUACCGUUGCUGAAGAACAGUUCUUAUCAAAUCAAUACAUACGUGUUCAAUGAAAAUCAUUUUAAUCGUGAUAUGAUCGGACGAAUUGAAGAAGACGCCGAAUGCCGAGAAUCUAUACAAUCGAAAAACGAACUGUCACUGUAUCCACAUGAAAUAAAAAAGGCAUUCGAUGGAUUAAGAUGCAUUGCAGCACAUAUGAGAGAAGAAGAUGAAGAGAAAAAAAUUAAAGAAGAAUGGAAAUAUGUGGCCUUGGUCAUCGAUCGUCUUUUUCUCUAUAUCUUUACAACAGCUUGUAUUGCGGGCACAUGCGGAAUUAUUCUACAAGCACCGUCGAUCUACGAUAACCGAAAGCCGAUCGAUAUUAUCAAAUCCAAUCGAUUCUGA